AUGCCCAAAAGAAGCUACAUCAUAGGCGCGGACCGAAGUUUGUCCCUUGACAAAGAACAUGGCACUCAACACGUGGAAAAUGUCGAGGGUCGUGAGAAACUAGAACCUACUGGACGUGUCAAGUCAGCUCAGAUAAUUCUGCUACGGCAUUGGAGGAGAUUUUGGUGUUGUUAUCUCUUGGGGAUGGUCAUCUUCCUUGCGACUUUCCUUCCGAUCUUUUUCCUUAUCAUCAUCCCGGCAAUUGCCCAGAGACUUGUCGAUGAUACGGUUCUCCCUGUGUACUCGGCCGAAAUUUUGAAUCCCACGCCAGACGAGGUUAACUUCGUCCUUCACACCUCCAUAAACAUUCCGCUGAACCUCCGCGUUCGAACCGACCCAUUAAGUUUGAACUUGUUUAACCGCGAUGUGAAACCCAUGAAGAAGUACUUGACCGUUGAUAUGCCAGCCUACAGCCUCAAAGGGAAAACCAAUUUGGAUAUAACGAAGAAUGGUACCAAGAUUCUGGAUCAGGAAGAGUUCAUGCACACCCUGGAAAUGGCCGUCUAUAACGAGCGUUUCACUAUGUCUGCGAAAGGUUCCACAAAUGGCCAUCUGGGCGCCCUGAAGGUGCCACUGACUUUCGACAAAGAUAUUGAGCUGGACGGACUCGAUAAACUCAGGGGCUUCGCUAUUGAUUCCGCACGGCUAGUCGUCCCGAAAGAAGAAGAUGGGACUAAUUUGAGGGGCACAGCAAUCUUGCCCAACCAUUCUGUCUUUACCUUUGCGCUGGGUAAUGUGACACUGGAUCUAAAAAGCACGAAUAUCCUAAUUGGCCAAGCCACCAUCGAGGAUGUGCUUCUGAGGCCUGGGAACAACUCAGUGGCUCUUCGUGGCCACCUCGACGUAGGUAUUGUGCUCGAUCAUCUUCCGACAAUUCUGGCGGCACAAAGUUCGGCAAUUUUGGAAGGUCAGCUCGAGCUUUCUGCGUCGGGAAAUUCAACAGUCUACAACGGGGAACACAUUAUGUAUUACGAGAAGGUGCUGCAGGGACUGACGCUCACGGCACGAGUUCCAAUUGCGAUGGUAUUGCUGAACACGUUGAGUGGGCUCAUGGAUUCCACCGACUCAGGAGGUGGGAGCGGGCUUAAUAUCUCAAAUAUCCUUGAGAAGUUGGAUUUGACAAACAAUACGGAAGCGGAAUUGGCAGUAAGAUCGCUGAAGGAUUUUAUGGACGGCUGA